AUGUUGGCGGGGUGGGACGCUACUGUCCCACAUUUCCCAGAGAGGCUAAGCAGGUUCACCAACCUCAAGUCAGCAGCUAAGAGGGUCCUGGACAAAGAUAACGUCAGUACUGGUGUACGGAAAUGGCCGAUCCAGACAACAAAGAAGACCCAGUACCAGUCCCAGAACCAGACCCAGACCUUCCAUCAGGCACAACCCAAGAUGUCUCUUGAAACAGUCCCCACCCCUGCACAGCCCCUCCACAUCUGCCCCCCAACAAAUCCCUUUCCUAGACACUCUCCAUCCCACUCCAAACCCUUGUCAAAGCCACUUGAAAAUGCUUUAAGUGGGGGCCUCCCAGGUGGCGCAGAAGGGCGCUGUACUGCAGCGCCAGCUGUGCCACCAGAGACCCUGGGUUCGUGCCCAGGCUCUGCCGCAACCGGCCGUGACCGGGAGGUCCGUGGGGCGACGCACAAUUGGCCCAGCGUUGUUCGUUUAGGGAGGGCUAAUCGCACACCAGCGACCCCUGUGGCGGGCCGGGCGCAGCGCACACCAACCAAGGUUGCCAGUUCACGGGCACGUUAUGGCCCUGCCUUUGGUGGUUUUGCUGGUGCUGCUGUAAAUUUUGCCCUGGCAUUUGUCGGUCAAGAUGACCCAGUGUUAGCUGAGGUGAAGACUCAGUUUGCAGAGGUUAACAGAAAGCUUGACUCAAUCACUUUGCAAAUCAACUCUCUGAAAACUGAAGUCCAGUGGGUAGCCUACACCAGUGUCUACUCUCAAGACGAGCUUAAGAUCAGCAACUCCUGGGACAUGUUCACGGAUUUCUUGACGGAGAGCAUGGCAGCCAAGGACAAGGACAAGAAGAGACAACUGGUGGAGAAGUUUACCCAGUUCUAUGAGAACACAGCAACUGAGAACAGUGUCACCAAUUUCUACAAAUACCUGACGGGAGACCAGCCUUCACUCUCCAAAAACCUCCUGGAGCUCACAGUAACAAAAUUCAGUGGUGAAGUUGAAAAGGUGAAGACAUACAGCACAUAUUUUAGAGGUCUGAUGUGGAAGGGCCUGCAGCUGAAUCUCGUCUAUUACAAGCUGAAGGACUUCAACACAGAGGCCAAGGCCAAGCAGUCAAUUAUUCAGUUUUACAACGUUACCCAAGCUCACACACAAACAGUGCUGAAAUGCAUUGAGAACUUUGAACAGUACAUGAAGAACGAUGUGAAAGUGAUUGGCACAUCCGAAUUCUUAGAAAUGACCCCACUAGCUACCAAAGUUAGAGAGUUUUUGAAUAAAAAGUACUUCUGGUAUGACUGGAUAGUUGCUGUGUACAAAAAGGAAGAUGCCAGUAGCCAUGACAUGUUAUGUUUCACCAAGAUUUCUCUUGAGAAGUUCAUUGUUGCUGUGAGCUUCUCAGAGAAAGGCAACCAUUUAUUGGAAAUACUAUAAAAGAAUACGCUUCUAACUGUGUGAAAAACAUAGAGUGUUCAAAGCCUGAAGUGCUGAACAAACUUCCUGAAUGUUCAUAUAAAUACAGCAGGUAUGGUCCUUCUUCAUACAAGUUGGC